CAGAUAACCAGUCUUGAUAGUGAGAACAGAAGAACAGCCGACAGCGCCCUCUCACCGAUUGACCUCCAAACGCAUCAUAACGGAAACACCCUCCCAGAGGAUGGAUCACAAACCUCAAAACAAGAUGAAAAGAUGACGAAUGCAGACAGCGCCCACUCACGGCAUCUUGAUCGAGGAUGGGCGUGGGUCGUCAUGGCAGCGGCCAUGAUGACCCACAUCAUGAGCUUUGGUUUGAUCUAUGCCAUGGUAGGGAUAUUCCAUGUUGAACUGCUAGCGGAGUUCGGGAGAAGCGAUUCUGACACGGCAUGGACGGGAAGCAUUCUUCUAGGAACCAUGUUAUGUUCAGGUCCAAUCGCCAGUGCCUUGGUUGGUAGGUUUGGUGCCCAAGCUGUUGCUAUCGUCGGGGGCUUGAUGGCAUCAGCAGGUUUCUGUCUUAGUGCUCUAGCGCCCUCUCUGGACUACCUCUUCUUCACUUACGGCGCUUUGACAGGUUUUGGAUUCGGUCUCUGCUACCUUCCUUGUAUUGUCAUGGUAGGGCGAUUCUUCGAGAAGCGUCGAUCUAUCGCUACAGGGUUCGUGGUCGCUGGUUCCGGCAUGGGUACUUUCAUGUUCGCUCCCAUCGUCCAGAUCAUUGUCGAAGCAGUCGGUUGGAGACACGGUUUCCUCGUCCUGGGAGCCAUGGAACUUACCCUCUGUCUCUGCGGCGCUACCUACAUCCCGAAGCUGAUACCUGAACGUCCAUCUCCUGAGGAUUACCAGAAGCAUCUUAAAGAUCUUGAGAGACAGGAACACGAAAUGAGUUUGGACGACAUAGAGCUAACGGAACUGGACUCUAUUUUUUCGCUGAGUACCUACCUGCCUGUUGGAAGUGUGAGUCAGACUGUGAGUCGGAACGUCAGCAAAAAUGUGUCAGCGGCAUCCCUGUCAGCCCCGUCAAAACCAUCGGCCGAUGAGUCAGUAGAAAACAAAGACACGGAGUCACUAAAUACGCUAAAGGCUGAAACUGUGACGCGGGUGAGCAUAGCAGAGGAUGCACGCACCCUGACAAGCAUUAUGCCUUAUACUGCAGCAAUGGACAUCUACUCUAACAGGAUACCUUCAGCCUCAACCGUAGCAGUGCCUGAGUCGAUCCACGUAGACAGACGUUGCGGGCGCUGCAUAUCUCCAUUCUACAAAGUGUUGCGGUUACUGAAUAACCGUUUCCUGGUGGUGUUUGCCCUCUCAAACUUCGUCCUUUGUAUAGGUUACCAGUUACCAUACGUCUACUUCAAAUCUUAUGCCAUUCGUCUUGGUGUCGCCGAGGAUGAAUGGUCCUUUAUCCUCUCGGUCAUGGGUAUCAUGGAUACUCUUGGAAGGAUCCUCGUCGGCUUCGUAUUUGAUCGUGUCCUCGGGAAACAUUGGCGGAUGUUAGGUUACGUAUCAAGCUGCACUCUUGCGGGCACUCUUCUCCUCAUUGUGCCGUUAGUUUCAGGAUAUCUGAGCCUCGCCGUUAUUGCUUCUCUUUUUGCGUUGAUUGCCGGAUCCACGGAUUCGCUGACACCUGCCUUGCUUGUAGCAUUUGUGGGGUUGGACACACUAGGUUAUUCCUUUGGGUUCGUCAUCGAAAUGCAAGGAUUGGGAUUUCUCGUUGGACCACCAAUUGCAGGCGCCCUCUAUGGCUUGUUCAUGGAUUACGCUGUGGUCUUCUAUGCUGGAGGAUUUGCUUUUGUGCUUGCUGGGAUCAUCAUGGUGGUCGAGCCAGUGCUGGGUGGAAAAUUUCGAUGCCGAUCAAGAACCUAGUUUAAUUUUUGUAAAGCAUCACCGAUCAUAACUUUAAGUUUACCGUAAAGCUCUGUUGGAAGUUCACGAAAGCUCAUGAAGUUUAUGGAACCAAUUCUUUCUGAAGUAUGUACGAAAUGGCAUUUGCAAUGUUCCUUUCUUUCGGAAAUGAUAUGUAUCAAUUAACAGAAAAUAUGAUUAAUUGGUAAGAUCUGAGUCUCUUCUUAAAAUUCAUGAUAAUAUAAAUUUAGAGACACUUAGAGCCUCAAAGGUAAACUUAUAAUGAACUAAAACUAGCAUGUAGAUAUGUUUUAUGAAAGCAAUAAUAGCAUACCUAGAUAAAUAUUGAAAACAGAAAAAUAUGAUUGUGGAAGUAUUACAAAAAAGAAAAGGGAAAACAAAUAUUAAUGACUGGUAUUUCUGGCUUACCCAUAAAAAGUAGUGACAAAUAAAGGAUAAGAGCUGAAGAUGGGAAAUGAAAAAGACGGAGAGAGAGAGAGAGAGAGAAGAGAGCAAAUUUAUUUUCAAAAAAGAAAGGAAGGAGGAUGUAAAGAGAGAGAGAGAGAAGGAGAGAAAGAGAGACAAAACUCUAGAGAAAAAAAAACACGAGAAAAAGUUGAGAAAUGUGAAAGAAAAAGACAACGAAGGAACACAGAUAAGGCAAGGAGUUUGAGUGUAGAUGAUGAAAGGGGAAGGGAGAACGAGAGAGGAAUAGGGAGGCGAAAGAGAGAGAGAGAGAGAGAAAGAGAGAGAGAGAGAAAUGGGAGGGAGAGCAAGUGAGUUAAAUACAUGACAUGAUAAAACAGAUAGAAUUUUUACCAUGGCCCAAUAAUAACCUAUAAAAAUGCAGGAAAUGUAGCACAGGGACGAUGAAUCAAAUGAUCGCUCUUUUCUGUACUUGUUAUACUGACGAUAGGGUGAUACUCCUCAAAUGUUUGCAAUUUGCAUUAUAUUAAUUAACGCUCGGUCGAUAUUUUUCCAAGAACCUAAUUUUUAUUUUGCGUAAAGUAUUUUCUUUCUUUAAACGAAAUCGUUAUCAUUGAAUAGCGAAUAUUUUCGAAGCCUUGAAGGAGCAAUUUUGUUUCUGGUUGGUGCUUAAUAUGUUUGAUAACUUUAUUCAUUGACCAUAGUAGUAGUAUUAGUAGUGGUAGUAGCAGCU